AGCAACAAGAAAAAGAUCUUUCACAUCCUGUUCGUUGGAUCACAAUCCGCCGCUUCUUUUUUUUUCCCCUCGUAUUUCUUUUUCGUUUUCCCAAAUUAGUUUCUUUCUGUUUGUCAUCGACGAGGCUCGAACCCAAUCUCGAGAUCAUCUUUUUCAUCGUCGUUGUUUAUCGCUCCCAUUAUUUCGCAAUUAAAUAUGAAAUCAUGAAUCUGUGUGAAUUUGAUAAUUUACAGAGCUGCAUUCUGCAGGCCUCUGCAUAUAAUCUAGCGGUGUGUGGAUCCAGGUCACAGGAAGGCGGAUGCGAGAGGCUUUUUUUGGCAUGGAAGCGGUUUCGAUCGUUCUUCCGUCGAUGUGUUCUUCCCAUUUGAUCGAGGAGUGCUGGAAAAGGACAGGUUUUUCAGUUUUCUGUCCGCCUCUCUCGAUUUUAUAAGGUUUCGGAAGUAGAGUUUUUAAUCUUGGGGUCGUCGUCCUCAUUGGCGACGUUGGGUUUCUCUCUCCCCCCCUCAUUUUCCGCAUCCGGCAAAAGAUCUCGCCUUUUGGUGGAGGAAUCUCCCUUUUUCCCUUCUCUCCUUAGCUUUGUCGGAGAAAAAGGGCGGAAGGUAAAAGGUGGGGUUCGAAAAAGGUUCCCUCUUUCGGUGGAUUUCUGGAGAGAGAGAUAGUAACUGGGAUGGCGGUUCUUCAUAGAGGAGGAGGCGAUCUAUUGGGAGCUGCAAACCCUAGAACUUCUCAGAUCUGAUCCUCGGGAGCGGUCGGUCGUAAUGCCGUUGAAAAGCCUCGCCCGUGAACUGAAGGAGAAGAGAGACGGCGGCGGUGGAAGCAUGUCCAAAAGAGUGGUUCGCGAGGGGGGGACUCACGGCCGCGGAGGCGCCCUGCAUCCGUCGCCGCAACCGACGAGGCUGGAACAGCGUCAGGGAAGGUGGGCAAAUCUGCCGCCGGAGCUGCUGCUGGAUGUCAUCCGGCGGGUGGAGGAGAGCGAGGCUUCGUGGCCAGCGAGGAGGAACCUGCUCGGCUGCGCCGCUGUGUGCCGGUCGUGGCGCGGCGUCACCAUGGAGGUUGUCAAACCCCCUGAGCAAUGCGGCCGCAUCACCUUCCCUAUCUCCCUUAAGCAGCCUGCUCCAAGAGAUCAUCCAAUUCAGUGCUUUAUCAGAAGGGUGAGAACUACAUCGACUUUCUGUUUGUAUCUCGGUCUGAGCCCCUCACUACAGGUUCAGAAUGACAAGCUGUUGCUCGCAGCCCGCAAGAUCAGAAGAGCCACGAGCAUUGAUUUCGUAAUCUCAUUGACCGCCGAUGAUUUCUCUCGGGCAAGCAGUAGUUAUAUUGGAAAAGCGAGGUCAAACUUUCUUGGAACUAAGUUCACAGUUUAUGAUAGCCAACCUCCUUACAAUGCUGCAGUAUCUUCAGGCAAUAGUUCGAACCGAAGGAUCAAUUCUAAGCGAGUUUCACCGAGGGUAACUGCUGGCAAUUACAAUGUAGCUACAAUCUCUUACGAACUCAAUGUCCUCCGAACGCGAGGUCCGAGAAGAAUCCAGUGUGCCAUGAACUCGAUUCCUGUAUCUUCUAUUGAGGAAGGUGGAAGUGUCCCAGCACCCUCUGGUUUCAUUCACACUGUUAAUGAUCAACCCUCUGAAGUGCCGAUCUUAAAUGACAAGGAACCAGUAAUACAAUUUUCUUCCACCAGUCUCGCCGAUUCAUGUGUGUCUGUCCAGUCGUCUAACGAUGCACCACUCGUUCUUAAAAACAAGGCCCCCAGAUGGCACGAGCAACUUCAGUGCUGGUGCUUGAACUUUAGAGGACGAGUAACCGUGGCUUCUGUCAAGAACUUUCAGCUUGUAGCAGCAGUAGAUUCUUCCCGCAACAUCUCUCUAGCUCAGCAAGAUAAAGUUAUUCUCCAGUUCGGGAAGAUAGGAAAGGACAUCUUUACCAUGGAUUAUCGAUAUCCACUCUCCGCAUUUCAGGCAUUUGCUAUCUGCUUGACGAGCUUUGACACUAAGCCAGCGUGCGAGUGAACAGGUUGUCAAUGAAGGUAAAUUCAUGUAUUCAUCCUCUCCAAACUAUCUGCCGCCUUAUAUCUAACUUUACGAUGCAAGAAUAUCAAUUGCUGCCUUUUUUCCAGUUUGAGAUUUUUGCAGAGGGAGUGAUUGUGUGAAAAUAUUAAUUGUGUGUAAUAUGCUUUCGUGCUUCAUCGAGAUGUGUCUGUUACUAUCAUAAACAUAGAUGAAGGUACUUCGUAAAAUAUGACAUGAAUGAGCUUUUACUAA